AUGGGACGAUUAAGAAGGUCGAGGGUGCACAAGGCACAAGGGAUGUGCACCGCUCGGACAAGAGAUUUGGACCAGAUUCAGCUGCACGAUCUUGACCCUGCUGUCCGUGCCAAACUGGAAGCGCAGCCGAUCGAUGUGGAAAAGCCUGGGCUGGCACAGCACUAUUGUGUCGAGUGCGCCAAGUACUAUGAAACGGAUGCUGCACUGAGGUCUCACUGGAAGAGCAAGGUCCACAAACGACGAUGUAAACAACUUAAAGAACCAGCGUAUACGAUCGAAGAGGCGGAAAGGGCCGGUGGACUCGGGAGAGAAGUCCGUAAACGACCUAAUACCGACGCCACCGCCGCUGCACCAGAUAUGGAGUUGAUCGCAUAG